UCUAUUCUGCCUUGUCGUCCGGGCUCUGCGAGACAAGCAUGUCUAUCUCACUAUUUCGAAGCACUGGCGGACUCGAACUGUACCCAGAAGUCUGCUUGAGAGUGGCCGAAGAGCUUGUACUCGUUGAUCCAAAGUCAAUCAAUAACCUGCUAGCCACUUCCAAGUCUUGGCAUAAGUUACUCAAAACCUACGAGAAAUCGAUUUGCUCAAGUAUCUUGACAAGGGAACCCAGACUUGAAUGGGUGAAUAUCGACCAACAUGAAGUCCUAUCUUCACGGAUACCAUUAGGUAGCAUCUCGGUAACAGCGUACACAUAUCCAUGGGCUUCCGAGAUGCUCUCGCGUGUUCAUACCAUGGAGUUCCUUAUCAGCAAUGAGCUCACCGAUAUGGUCGAUCACCACGCUCAAAGCUGGCCCACACUUGAUGUCUCAAAAGACGAACUUGGCCAAAGAAUUGCCCGAUUUAAGAGGCUUUCGUUCCUCCUAUUGUACAGAUUGGCAGACUGUACCGCUAGCUUGCCAGACACCUUGAAAGUACGAGCACAUCAGGCAGAGUUUCUUGAUUCAUUAUCAAGUGCGGAACUGGCGAAGCUGGGAGUCAUAGUUGAAGUCAUGGGCCAGAAUUAUUUCACCAUGACCAAGAACACUCUGGAAGCCACGGUAUCGGAAAACUCUUGGACCACCGCCCCAUGAUUGGUUCUUUACUCCAUCAACCAUCCGUCCUGACGACAUAUCGGACGAUAAUUGGAUCAGAGAAUGCAUGUGUGUCUUCGAAGACUUGACCCAGAGAUUCGGUCCAUAUUUCCCGUAU